AUGCUAUUGAACGUGUCACCAGACUUUCUUCGGAGCUCCAGAAAGGCGAAUCUUCUUACGUCGAGCAUUCGAAUUUCCAUCUACUCGAAGUGUUUGACGCCAACUAAUGAGCCGAAAGUUGAACUAAGCAGCGUGGAAGUGUGUUGUUUACUAGCUGAUGUCAGCUGGGUGACACCCCUCUCAUUCGUAAGUAACAACUCUGCAGAAGAAGGUCAUAUAGAAGUAGUCAAGCUUCUGAUCGCAACAAACGCUGUUCAGCUUGAUGUGAAAGACUCGUCCAACCACCGGACCCCACUCCUCUCGUCUCUGAUAGAAGAGUACUACUCAAUAUCCAAGCUCCUCCUCGACAGUGGAGCCCAAGAUAUUGACCGCGGUGAUAUCAUUUCAGGUGGCCGCACUGCGUUGUCAAUCGCCGCGGAGCUUGGCAACGAGACCAUGUGCAAUGCCCUUUUAGAUACGGGAAAAGUGAACCCCAAUUCAAAAUCUACAUACAAUCGUACGCCGCUUUCAUACGCCAGUGAAAGCGGGGCCACUAGCAUUGUCAGGCGGCUAUUGAAUACAGAAGGCGUGGAACCUGACCUUGCCGACACCAAUUACGGACGAACACCGCUCUCAUGGGCGGCAGCGAAAGGUCAUUUCGAGGUGGUCCAGCUAUUGUUGCAAUCACCUGGGGUUGAUGUGAACUCUCGUGAUUUCAUGUACAAACGCACGCCACGCUCAUGGGCCCUUGCACAUAAACACAGGGAUGUCGCUCAUGUGAUCCGAAAGGUAGAGAUGCCAGGAGUGCCGGACGAUGCAUUUGAAGAAACGGUGUCUUCUGAGGAACUGGUAUCUUCGGAGUACGAUAGCGAUAACGAUGUGAUUUAG